CUGAUGCCGACUCUGAGUUAAAGAAUGCCGACGAAGAUGACGCUAAUGGCUACCUCGCUCACACACCUCCGCCCUCUAUCCUGCGCCGCCGUCUCCGCCGCCCUCUAUUCUUCGAGGCUGGACCCGCAGCCGCCGGACCUCAUCAAAUGGGUGAAGAGAGAAGGUGGGUUCGUGCACCCGUCGGUGAAGAUCGCAAUCUCAGAGCCCUAUGGCCUCGGCGUGGUUGCUUCUGAUGAUAUCCCCAAAGGCUCUGACCUCAUUGCCCUCCCGGAGCACCUCCCGCUGCAAUUUGGUCCGGUCGGAGCUGAUUCUCCCAUGGCCAAACUGGCUCUACAAGUCCCUGAGGAGCUAUGGGCUAUGAAAUUGGGUUUGAAGCUCCUGCAAGAAAGAUCAAGAAAAGGUUCUUUUUGGUGGCCAUACAUCAGCAAUCUUCCGGAAAAGUAUAGCGUUCCUAUUUUCUUUCCUGGAGAAGAUAUAAAGAACCUGCAAUAUGCCCCGCUUCUUUAUCAGGUAAACAAGAGAUGCCGGUUUCUUCUGGAAUUUGAGAAAAUAGUAGUACAUGAACUCAGUAACGUAAAACGUGAUAACCAUCCUUUCGAAGGCCAAGGCGUGGAUUCAUCAGCACUUGGAUGGGCAAUGUCAGCUGUUUCAUCUCGUGCAUUCCGCUUGUAUGGCGGCAAACGUCUGGAUGGGACCCAUAACGAUGUUCCAAUGAUGCUUCCGCUAAUUGAUAUGUGUAAUCACAGCUUCCAUCCAAAUGCUGAAAUUGUACAGGAACGUGAAGCAGGUGACGGAAAAGUGCUCGUAAAGGUGAUUGCCGCAGAACAUAUAAAACAAAGCGAUGCAUUAGAACUUAACUAUGGCUGUCUAAAUAAUGAUCUUUUUCUUCUUGAUUACGGAUUUGUCGUACCCUCCAAUCCCUAUGACUGCAUUGAACUCAGGUACGAUGCCGCUCUUCUCGAUGCUGCAAGUAUGGCUGCUGGAGUCGCAUCCCCGAACUUCUCUUCACCCGCUCCUUGGCAGCGAGAGGUUUUGUCCCAGCUAAAUCUCGAUGGCGAAAAUCCUGAUCUAAAGGUAACGCUAGGAGGUCCCGAGCUUGUAGAGGGCCGUUUGAUGGCUGCAUUACGAGCUUUGCUAUCGAAUGACAUGGAGUCGGUUCAAAACCACAGCAUCGACACGCUUAAGUCAUUGUCGGUUGAACCACCGCUUGGAACAGCAAACGAAGUAGCUGCACUCCGCACUGUCACUGCCUUGUGCGUGAUUGCCCUCGGGCACUUCCCGACUAAGAUCAUGGAGGACGAGGCCUUGUUGAAACAAAACGUGUCUGCUACGGCUGAUUUGGCCAUUCGGUUCAGAAUCCAGAAGAAGUCCGUCAUCAUAGACGUUAUGCGGGAUCUUACGAGGAGGGUGAAGUUGCUCCUCUCAAAGGAAUCUGCCACUGCCCAAAGCUAGGUAUCAAUCUCCCCUUCUAGAAGAGCUUUUCACAUAUGAAUCUUUGCAACUAUGGCCAAUCCAUUUUGAGUAUUCUUUAGCCAACUCUUUUGUUGUACUAUAAUGCAAGUCUUGUCUCAUAUUGAACAACUUUUGAUAGUGUCAUACCUUUGAUCUUCUAUGAUUCCUUGUUCUGUCAUUUGGCCGACUUAGAAUGGAAUCAUUGAAGAAUACAACAUUGAUAUUGCAUCCUCUUUUCAGGGAAUUUAGUUCUUUCC